UCAACAUAACAUAGAGAUACAGGAUGAAUCAGGAUGAAUUAGUCAGUCUGAUGGCUUAGUGGAAGAAGCUGCCCCAGAGCUUGCUGGUCCUGGCUUUGGGAUGUCUGCACCACUCUCUGCAGAGUCCUGCGAUUGAGGGAAGUACAGUCCCCAUACCAGGCAGUGACACAGCCAGUUACAAUACUCUCAAUUGUAGCCCUGUAGAAAGUUCUUAGGAUUUAGGUCCCUAUUUCAAACUUUUCAAUGCUCUGAAGUGAAAGAGCACUGUUGUGUAUUUGUCACCAGACAACCAGUGUGUAUGGAACAUAUAUUAUUAUAUUGUAGCCAUUACAGGAACUUGGCUCCAGCCAACAGUCUGAGGAAUUUAGAGCGACAAAUUUUUCUCUAGUGAUCGCAGACUAUGCCAAGAAACAAAGCUUGAUAUAUUAAGUGAUUUUAGUUUUCCAUAUAUUGACUGAGACUCCUAUACCGUAAAAGGGUUAGUUGGGGUAGAGUUUGUCAAAUGUGCCCAUAAUCGGAAUGUAGAAUUCCCAAUGUAGAAAUGUGCAAUAGGCUGUUAGGAAAUGAUCUAGGGCUGGUGACACAGAAUAGUGCUCAUAAUGCCAUGAGAUUCCAAGUAAUUAUGGAAAAAGAGAGGUCUGGACCACGGGUUGAGAUUCUAAAUUGGAGAAAGGUCAAUUUUGAUGGCAUCAGAAAGGAUCUGACAAGUGUGGAUUGGGACAGGCUGUUUUCUGGCAAAUGUGCACUUGGUGAGUGGGAGUUCUUCAGAAGUGAAAUUUUGCAGGUGUAGAGUUUGUACGUGCCUGCAAAACUAAAAGUAGAAAGGUAACUGGUGCAGGGAACCUUGGUUUUCAAGAAAUAUUGAGGCCCCGGAUAUUUUGUUCCUCUAAAUACUUUAGACAGUUGGGUGCUACCAAGACUCAGUAAUGACUGCAAUAUCGUAAUUCCACACCGUGAGCUCAUCCGACAAUUUUUUCAGUUGUCUUCUCUUGGUUUUUAAAAGCUUCCCAAUAGUUUCUGCUCUUUUGUUUGCCAUCUCUUUGGCUUUUAUGUUGGCUUUGGCUUCUCAUUUCAGCCACGGUUGUGUCCUCCUGCCUUUCCAAUGCUUCCACUUCUUUGGGAUGUGUCUAUCACUCAGCUCCCGAGUUGCUCCCAGAAACUCCAGCCAUUGAUGCUCCAUCGUCAUUCCUACCAGAUUCCCCUUCCAGUCAGGUUUGGCCUGCUUCUCUGUCACAGAAACGUGGAGAAGUUAGACCUGUGGUGAGAGAUUUAUUGGAAGAAAAACACCAACUGGAGGCAAACCACGACUGAAGACGAGGGAACAGCAACAAGUGUACCAGCCCGAGGACUGAGAGCACCGACUGGAGAGAAACCAAUCUGACUCGGAGAUUCCAGUGAUUCAGUCAGGAGAAUGUUUGGUUAAAAUCGACAAGGAAUUUGUCUAUGGGAAUUCAAACACAACACACCAGUUGUGCUGUCUCUGUCUGGAUAUUUAAGGAGCAAGUGAUUCAAUCCGCCACCCUUCCUGCUCAGACUGUGGGAAUGGAUUCACUCAGUCACCUCAACUGAAACUACAUACUGGGCACGGCCAUUCAUUUAUUCUGUCUGCGGGAAGGGGUUCAGUCGGUCUUCCCACCUGUGGACACAGCAGGCAGUUCACACUGGGCAGAGGCUGGUCAUCUGCUGAAUUUGUGGGGAAGGAUUCACUCAGUCAUCUGGCCUAAUGGCUCACCAGGGAGUUCACACCGGGCAGCGGCUGUUCGCCUGCUCAGACUGUGGGAAGGGAUUCACUUGCUCAUCUAAACUGAAGGUACAUCAGCGUGUUCACACUGGUGAGAGGCCUUUCACCUGCUCAGACUGUGGGAAGGGAUUCACUUGCUCAUCCACACUAAAGGCACACCAGCGAGUACACACAGGGGUGUGGCCAUUCACCUGCUCUGAAUGUGGGAAGGGAUUCAGUAAGUCAUCUGAUCUACAAAAACACCAGCGAGUUCACACUGGGGAGAGGCCGUUCAUCUGCUCGGACUGUGGGAAGGGAUUCAGUCAUUCAUCCACCCUACACAGUCACCAACGAGUUCACACAGGGUUGAGGCCAUUCACCUGCUCAGAAUGUGGGAAAGGAUUCAGUCAUUCAUCCACCUUACAGAGACAUCAGCGAGUUCACACUGGGGAGAAGCCAUUCACCUGCUCAGAAUGUGGGAGGGGAUUCACUCAGUCAUCUGAUCUACAUAACCACAAGCGAGUUCACACUGGGGAGCGGCCAUUCACCUGCUCAGUCUGUGGGAAGGGAUUCACACAGUCGUCCAAACUAUUGGCACACCAGUCAGUUCACACUGGGGAGCGGCCGUUCACCUGCUCAGACUGUGGGAAAGGAUUCACGCUGUCAUCUAAUCUACUGAGACACCAGCGAGUUCACACUGGGUAGAGGCCGAUCACCUGCUCAGUCUUUGGCAAGAGAUUCUCUCGGCCAUCUCCACCAAAUGUGCAUGAUUGUCAAGUCAAACUUGAGUUUCAAGAAGGUAUCAAGGAAGAGCAAGAAUUCACUCGCAGAGAGGACGGAACCUUCUGCCUGAGGGCGGUUUCUGCCCAGAACAUUUGGGCGGACCCCGCAGCGUCACAGUGGCAGUCCGAGAGCAGCGUCACAUCCCGCGGUAAGAUGCCGAACUUUAAAUAAUUGUUGAGACUGUUUCAGGGAGAGGAGCACUGCUGUCACUGCGUUUGGGUGAACUCCGCCAUCGGGAUCAUCGCACACAGGCACUUCUUGAAAACGGCGCAAGGCUUAAGAAGAGCUCGCGGACCUUCAAGAGGGUUCACCCAGUUUGGAAUCAUAACGAUCCAGUAGAGAAACGGAGGAGCAUGUCCGAAAUCGUCUCCGAAGUUCGACAGGCAGCCAGUUUUUCACCUGAUCCUAAUGCUAAUGCUACUGCCACUGCCUUAUGACUUAUGACUAACCUUGACUAGACUAAUGACUGACUUACCGCUGGUUAUUUAUGACUACUGACUAAUAAUUAUU